GGAACAAGAAAAAGUAAAAACAAUGGUUGAGUGAGGGAUGUUAACCCUUAAAGCAGGAAAGCUAAGAUUAAGUUUGAAAUUACACUUUCACACCUUGCUUUCUUAUUGUCUUUUUAAACCCAAAUGUUUGCAAUAGAAUAUAUAGGUUAGGAAGUUAGGUACAACUGUAUACAUGAUCUCUUUUAGAAAUUUAGCCUUGAUUAGGUACUUUUAUAUCAACAAAUCAUGCUUUAUUGAGUGCAAUACUUAAAAUUUGUUUGUCUAGAUCUAUAUAGACUGGACUGGACUAGUUUAUUAUUAAAUCACAUCGCAGUAAAAUACUAAAUUGCAUAAUUAUUUACAAGCUACUAAUAUACAAUUAUAAAUAAAUAAUAGAACCAGAUAACUGGACUUCUUUUUACUUUUCACUUUUCUAGAAAGGUGCUUUGGUUAGAAGAUGUAAAACAAUUCAAUGUAUAAGAGCAGUGUCACUUGCUCUCUUGCAAGCUUCUGUUUGUUCUUCACUACCCAAUGGUUUUUCAAGUGGCCUGACCAUAUUACUUCUUGUCCAUUGAACAAAUGAUCCACAUUUUAAAACUGAUCUGUGAAAAUUGCUGUUUACUAUUGUCUUUGUCUCUUAAAAGUGCCCCUGAAGAAGUAAAGAGAGUGUUUAGUCUUCAAAAUGCAAGUCAGGUAAUGUUGCAAAACAACCUUGUUUUGGAUAUAAUUCUGGUACUUAAGUUCCCAUGUGUUGUGAUCAUAAAGAAAUUUUGCUUUUUUUUUUCAUUCAAAAUUCUCUUGUGCUUUUCUAAUCAUAUCAGCGAAAGUAUCAACAAAAUAAACACUGUUGUAAGCUAAGUUAAGCUAUUAAUGUAAGCAGCUUUGGUUGGUUUGAUUUGUUGUUGACCAAUGUCAAUUCUGAUGAUCUACUGCCUUUGUAUUGUUUUUCCUCUAUGCAGUGGGAACACCGUAAAAUUGGUCUAGGAAAGAUGGAACAAAAAUAUGCAGAUAAAUAUGAACAAAAAAGUAAGUCUUCUAGAAUGGUAAAUUAGUGACUGACUUGGAGGUUCAGAUGGGAGAAUAUUUGGCUUGAAGUUCCUUAGGUGCCACUUUUAAUCUUUCCAACAGACCAAGAUUUAGUAAUGUCAUCUGAGAUCUUUUAAUGAACAGAUGUUCUGGCCUCUAAGAAGUCUCAAUUACCUGAAUUUCUUUCAGUUGCAAAGUUGACCAUUCAAAUUGAGGCAGUGAAAGCAAAUAAUAAUGAUGGAAGGAGAGGAAGAAAGGUAAAAUUUUGUGUACUUCCACUCUCUAGGACUGAAUACCAGUGUGAGGCAGAUACUUUUGCUAGGCAAACAUUCAUGGCUGGUGCCAGGAGAAGUUACCAAGUUUUUUGGUAACUUCACUCUUUACAAGGUUUCCAUUUCACUUAACCCUGUAACUCACAUGAGUGACCAGUAUAGAAUUUCUCCUUACAAUUCAAUACAACAUCAAGCAGACAAGUGAUGAGAAUAAAGAAAAAUAUCAAUGGGAGGAUUAUUAGUUGAUCCAAUACCAAAAUCUGUGAUCUGACCCUGUAAAAAUUGUCUCUAGGCAGUGAAAGGGUAAGGUGGACAAGUGUAUUUUUCUUGAAAUCCUACGUGUAAUAGAAGACAUAUACACCCCUGUAUACCUCUUACGGAAGACAACAUCAAUGAAUUUUCUUGCGCAUUUAGUGAUGCUGUUUACAACCACAGGACCUCUGAGAGGCCUUAAAUUUAAUUCUCCAUUCCCAGGAGUAACCAAAAGGCAUUUUUCCUUACUUUAUAAAUACUUUUUAAUGUAGAAAGGUAUUGAAAAGAAAAAUUAAUGUCCAAAAACAUGAUUUAACAUUUAACACUAAAUUCUCAGAGCUAAAAUUUUACAAAAUGUUUGACAGACAGUAAGGGGGAUCUAUAUUUAGAUACUGGGAGUGAUAGGUUUUAAAUUGUGGAAAAGAAUUCCCUAAUUUUCCAUUUCUUGCUUAGCAUUGAGUUGAGCCUGUGCAAGGUCCCUGAGACUCUGUGAUACGAGUUUUGUUGCCUGUGUGUGGUGCUUAUAUUUGUUGCGAUUUGCCGUGGUAGUAAAUUCUUUGCCAAAACUGAGGGGAAAACACCGUGCCUUUUUACCACAUUUUACCUAAACAAUUGAGGUUAUUAAAAAGACACGAGAUACGUUGCGAUAGCAGAAGAUGUAGUCCAAGUUCUUUUUCCUUCGUUUUUGUGAACUGAGACGAAUUCGAGCGACGCAAAUCUUUAUCCAUCUUGAGAAAACAGGUCUUGCUAAUAACGGAUUUAUUACAAACUGGCCUGAAAGUUCAAAGCGGGGACAAUGCUGAAAAUUUCGAACGGGCAAGGUUAGCUUAUUCGAACAAUGGAUUUGUUAUUAUGAUUCACCUCACCAGCUCAAGGAGAGCCAGGCGUCUAAUAAAAUGAUUUUUUGCUUUUUAAUUCAAUAAGCUAUAGAUGUGAUGAAUUCUUUUUUGAUCUGCUUGUUUUUUAGGACAUAGGGAAUAAAGUAUUUCUUUCUUGGCUGAUUGCACAACGAAGAAAAAAACUACUGAACCUGAAAAACCUUCGUUUUGAGCGCUACCUGGAACUAAUAAAAGAACUUGACAUAGCUCCACUGGAGAGCCCGCACACAAAGUGGAACAAGUACAAGUUUAGGCAGUUUAAGAUGGGUGUAGAAAUCAAGGAGAAGAAGCGGCCAUACCUACGGCGUGUAUAACGAUGGAAAUAAACGAUAAAUUUUCGUUAUAACGUGUUCCUUUCGUUAACGAGGCGGGGGCAUCCAUGAAGACCCUUUACAAUUUGGAGUUAGAGGAAAUGAUAGAGAUCAUUUUUCGAUGGUUGAUAUACAAAAAACGAAGUAAUCACAACGGGCGAUCAGAGCCAAGGUUGAUAUCACUAAGAGCCACUCAUUACUCAGAGUGAAUAAAAACCUGUGCGUUGGAAGACGCGCGUAAGACAAGCCUCGUUCUUGUUUCGCAUUUAUAUUGUCUGGUUUGACUCUGACCACUGAGUGUGAAACAUCUAAUUUCCUUUACCACAUCACCCCUGAAUCAAAAAUUAAGGUCACGAGAAAAAAGGAAGCGAUCAUCAUCUAAGAGUAGCUAUUGAUUGUUAAACAAAUUCUCCUUGUGAGCACCUAAG